CAAUGUUUUCCUCUUCGUCAAACCACAACAAAAGCCUACGUGAUUCGAUUCUGUGUGACAUUACAGCUUUCAAUCAGUGGUGCUCUAUGAAAACGGUUUGGUAGGCACGUGUGUGUGCGGUUCUAUGAGCCAAGGGAAGCAACUGGCGAUGAAAAAUGUAACAGUGCGUAGUUCAAUAUUGUCAGCUCCAUGAAUACUUUUUUUUUUUUUUAUAUCAAAGUAAUGAGGAGUUAUGAUAGGGAAGCCUUUUCACUGUUACAUCUUUAUCAUAAUGAUGUAAAUCUUUUAAGACUAUUGAUUACUUCAGUACUGCGGCAUCCUAAAUAGUUUUGUGGCCGGAGACAAGGCAAAAAUAAUCUUCCAUUUUAUCUCAUUUCCGUGUGUGACAUGUAAAUAACUUUUAUAGUGCUGUGAAUCUUGACAAAGGACAACUAGCUAUAGCAGCAAAGAGAAAAAUCCCAAAUUUCAUCAAGUGGAACAGAAAUAAGGGUAGCCAUGAGAAACAAGAUUAAUGAGAAAACGACGGACAGCCAUGGGAAACAAGAUUAACGAGAAUACGACCUUGAGCGUUAAGUUUUGGCGAGGAGGAAUUACUGGAAUGAAAUAUCCACGAAGGAGAUAACAGCAGGAGGGAUACCCGAUGGCGGACCCGCAGACGGACUGGCUGACGUGUGGGGAGCGCCGCAGCCGAGCUCAGCGGGUUGCGGAGGUGGUGGCCCAGCGGGAAGAGGAGUGGCAGCAGCAGCUCUACCUCCGCCGCUGCAGGAUUGUCUUCACCACCCGUGACAAGUCCAUAGCCACCCGUGACAAGUCCAUAGCCACCCGUGACAAGUCCAUAGCCACCCGUGACAAGUCCAUAGCCACCCGUGACAAGUCCAUAGCCACCCGUGACAAGUCCAUAGCCACCCGUGACAAGUCCAUAGCCACCCGUUACAAGUCCAUAGCCACCCGUUACAAGUCCAUAGCCACCCGUGACAAGUCCAUAGCCACCCGUGACAAGUCCAUAGCCACCCGUUACAAGUCCAUAGCCACCCGUUACAAGUCCAUAGCCACCCGUUACAAGUCCAUAGCCACCCAAGUUGCUGAAAUAUAUCAUAAUUUGCAACCCAACAAGGUCCUUCAGGGAAAUAGCUGUUCACUGUCGCCACGGUCGCUGUUACCACUUCCUCUUCUCUUUUAUGGGCUGCGAGAAAUGCUAGAGGAGGAGAAAGCCGGACACCGCCAGGAACUCCAGCAGCGCUUUACUAAGAUCUACGAACAGCAGAAGGCAGCACGAAUGCAAGCUGUGGAGCACGAACGGGCGAGGCGGGAGGAGGAGAGGCGGCAGCAGGUGUCCAAGGCUGAUGAGCUGCGCCAUCGUCAGCAGCGCCACGUCUACAGGGAAGAGUACUCGAGACAGCUGCAGGAGUACCUCAACCAGACACGCCAUCUCGAGAUACAGCUGAAGAACCACCUGAGGGAGAAAUAUGGCCCCCCACCUCCCCCAGGCCGCAGACAAGCUCCUACAGCCUUCAGCCACGCAGCCAUCGCCGCCACUAACCACAGCUCCAGCGCUGACCACGGGCACAAUACGAGGGAGGAGCACGUGGGGAUGUGGUGGUGACAUCUUCAGUGUGACUCAAUAAAGCAAGAGUAGGUUCACAUAAUGAUUCUUUAUUGUUUCAAAGAACGCACGGCGGCGGCGUAACAUGACUGUCUUGCAUCGGAAUGACAUACAAGCUUAUAUAAAAUACUUGUGUGAAUAUUGAACAUAAAAUGAAGACAUUUUCCUUGUGACGUCAUGCUACAAACAGGUGGUGAUGUACCUUGAGUCAUACAUGAUGUAACGUAACAUAAUGGUGGUGAUAAUGAAUUGCCUGCAGUGUACAUAAGUGUAUUGUAAUGGUGACACCGUGUUCGCCUGCUAUCACGCCAGGCACUAUUCCAACACGUGUCACAGCCUGCUCAAGGCAGCCCCCUUCAUAGACUGCAGGAACUAAACUUAACAGUAACAACAAUGAAAAUGAAAUAAAAAGUUAACAGCU